AUGAGGCGCCGCUGCUCCCACCGCUCCUUCCUGUGGUUCGCCGUCCUGUUAGGAACUGGAUCUCUGCCGCUGCUGUUCCAUCUGGAGGACCUCUCCAGCUCCAUCCAGCUCCUGAACCCAGGUGAGUGAUGUCACAGGUCACCUGACUGCGGUUAAACUGAGACGCUGAACUUGGAAACGCCCUCUGGUGACGGGCUGCAGUAUAGGUCCUAAACCCCGCCUCCUUAUGGAGCUGUGGACAAACUUUCUAAAUGAAUGACACAGAAUAUAAAUGUUUCUCCCCCCUGGUUGUGAUGUUGACAUGUAGUUACUGUCAGACUGGUUUGUGCUCAAGUCCUCUUUUUUCUGUACAGCUCCAUUUUUAAAAGUUAUUAGGGGGUUCAUGUUUUCUAUGAUUGACACCUGAUACAGCCUAUGGGAGGACAGAGAUUGAGUAGAUCACCGGGGGAUACGCUGUUUGAGCCGAGCGUCAUCACAGAGACUCUCCUGCUGAAUGUGUUCUCACUGUAUUUUUAGACGUUGUGGUUUCUAAUGGACGUCCUCCUCAUGCAGCUGCAGAUGUUUGAUUCUGUGAACGUGCAGCUUCAUGACAGCCGACCUGACACCAACACCAACACCGACACCGACACCGACACUGACACUGACACCGACCUGACACUGACACAGACACAGACACAGACACUGACACCGACACCGACACCGACACAGACACAGACACUGACACCGACACUGACACCACGGGUCCACGGAGAACAGACUGGAGCUGAGGGCCGAGAGGAGCGUGAAACAUGAGAUCAGUGUGAGAGGCGGAGCCACUGCAAAUAGAAACACUGAGAGUCUCAGAGGGUUAGAGUGUGUGUGUGUGUGUGAGUGUGUUUGUGUGUGGGUGUGAGUGUGUGUGUGUGAGUGUGUGAGUCUGUGAGUGUGUGAGUGUGUGAGUGAGUGUGUGUGUGUGUGAGUGUGAGUGAGUGUGAGUGAGUGUGUGAGUCUGUGAGUGUGUGAGUGUGAGUGAGUGUGUGAGUGUGUGUGUGUGUGUCCUGACUGUUGAUCACACGGCCUCAAAAACACGAUUGAGUCUGAGAUUCAUGAUGAACACCUGAACAGAGCUGCUGCUGAUGGUAACCUUGUGUAACUGAUCAAUGAAAGACUCGUCAAUAAUCGGUCGACCUGAAGCCUCUCUGUACUCCAGGGUAAAAAUCUGACCAAUCACAGUCAGACUUUUUUUUAACAACAUUUUCUACAGUGAAUCUGAGACUCAGCAGACGAAGAGUCUCCUUGAAGAACAUCAUGGAGAACUCUGAAGGUCUCAGACCGAACCCUGACAGGAAACGUUGAGGUGAUUGAAGAAGGACUGACCUCGAGUUUUCACCGUCCGCCAACUCCUACAGGAUCUGUUUGUUCAUGGCGGAUUACAGACGCAGGAAUCAGGAGAACUCACAAGAACCCGCAGAUUCACGUUCAAUCUCACGAUAACGAGUCGUCUCUCUAAAGACAGACACAUAGACAUAUAAGCAGUAGAUUGUGUCCUUCCAGAGGAGGAAAUCUACUUCUAGACUUCUAGAAUCAGCAUCUCCUCAUCCAUGGUGUCAUCGGGGUGAAAUGACGUCUAAAAACCUUUCACUUGUUCGUCUCCGCCCGUUUGCAUGGUGUGAAAUACGAUCCUCCUGAAACACGGAGUGUUUUAUUUUGAAAAGAAGUCGGUGUAAAUUGACACGUUAACUUGAAUGGUUACGAUCAGCUACGAUCGGAGGAUACGACCUUUUAGGAGACGAUCAGGAUGAGGGUGGAGGUCGGGGGUCAGGCCUGACAUUGAGGUCUGACAUGUUUGUCCUGAGGAGGACCUGAAGUCCUGACCCUCAAUGUUCUGUUUGAGGUGAGGAACUUUGACUGCAGCACAUGUCCUCCAUUUUUGAUGAGGUCAUCACUGAGUAACUGAACUGAGUGUCAUUCAACAGUCAGAGCGCCCUCUGCUGGAUCAAACAGCAGUUACUCCAUCACAGGUAGAGUGUAGACUGGCUGCUCUGGGCCUUUGCUGGUCCCAGUAAACCAGUAACAGAGCUGUGGGCGUCUGAUGGAGGUCUGAUGGAGGUCUGAUGGGGGUCUGAUGGAGGUCUGAUGGGGGUCUGAUGGAGGUCUGAUGGGGGUCUGAUGGAGGUCUGAUGGGGGUCUGAUGGAGGUCUGAUGGGGGUCUGAUGGGGGUCUGAUGGAGGUCUGAUAGGGGUCUGAUGGAGGUCUGAUGGGGGUCUGAUGGGGGUCUGAUAGAUGGGGGUCUGAUAGGGGUCUGAUGGAGGUCUGAUGGAGGUCUGAUGGAGGUCUGAUGGGGGUCUGAUGGAGGUCUGAUGGAGGUCUGAUGGAGGUCUGAUGGGGGUCUGAUGGAGGUCUGAUGGGGGUCUGAUGGAGGUCUGAUGGGGGUCUGAUGGAGGUCUGAUGGGGGUCUGAUGGGGGUCUGAUGGAGGUCUGAUGGGGGUCUGAUGGGGGUCUGAUAGGGGUCUGAUGGAGGUCUGAUGGGGGUCUGAUGGAGGUCUGAUGGAGGUCUGAUGGAGGUCUGAUGGAGGUCUGAUGGAGGGGGUUCAGAGGAUUGCUUCUGGUUCUGCUGAGAGAGAGUGAGUCCUGAUCAGCCUCACCCCUGAGUCCAUGUUUUAUUGAUGACCAGCUGAUGAAUAUUUGAGGGCGAGCGAGUGAUAGAGAGAGAGAGAGAGAGAGAGAGAGAGAGAGAGAGAGAGAGAGAGAGAGAGGAGCUUCCUGUCAGUCUGAGAGUCGAAGGAGAACCAAUGAGUGACGAGAAGAAACCCAGAAGAGUCAGCGCUCUGUUCGCUUCAACACAAAGGUCAGAUCUGAGGGUCUGAGGGUCUGAGGGUCUGAGGGUCUGAGGGUCAGAUCUGAGGGUCUGAGGGUCUGAGGGUCUGAGGGUCUGAGGGUCUGAGGGUCUGAGGGUCUGAGGGUCUGAGGGUCUGAGGGUCAGAUCUGAGGGUCUGAGGGUCUGAGGGUCUGAGGGUUUGAGGGUCAGAGGGUCUGAGGGUCAGAUCUGAGGGUCUGAGGGUCAGAUCUGAGGGUCUGAGGGUCUGAGGGUCUGAGGGUCAGAUCUUUAGUCCACUUCGUCGCUCCAGGAAGGCGGAGAGUUUGACUCCAGAUGAACGUGUGAACCUGCUGCAGGAGGAGGUCACAUGAUCAGAGGUUUCUGUCGUGGCGUCUCUGUAAUCUCCGAGUCGCUCCAGCACAAACACCGUGAGCGCCGCGCUUCUGAGGAUUGGAGGGAAUUUUCUCAGCACGCUCGCCGCCUUCAGAGCGCCGCGGCGUUAUCUCCUGCACGCACAGACUCGAACACAGACGCUCUGCAGCAGAUUAGAAUAUUAAACACCAACCUGACCUGACGGUGAGGACGCCAACGACGACCACGAGGGCGACUCUCAGAAGUUAAACCGGCGAUUAUGAGACCUGAGAGACGAGGACGCCAAAACAUCAUCGCUCUGAACGCCACACAGCUGAGGCUCUGACAGUACUCUGGGUUAAAGGUUCCCUCUGAUGGUACUCUGGUCUUUAGGUUAUAAAGUUCCUGACAUCAAACCUCAUGAUUCAGGACCAGAAGUGUGGAACCAGGACACAGAACCGGACCUUAGAAUCUAGUUUAAUCUGAGUUUAAUCUGAGUUUAGUAGAAAACAUGUUUUUUGUUUGUUGUUGAAGGACCUGAUGAUCUUCAUCUUUCGGUUCUGAAACUCUGAAAAGACUUGGACUUUAAUCCUGACUCAGUAUUUGAGAUUAAAUCUGAAAUUACCUGAUCAGAUUAUAAAGACCUCCUCCUCACAGACAUGUCUGUACCUUCAGGAUCCUCCUGUCCCGGAGUUUCUAUGACGACGGUUAUUACCUGAUUAGAUAAACUUUAAUUAACGAGUGAAGAGAGAUUAGAGCCGCAGAGCAAACAAACGAGGAAACAGUCGUCAGGAAACACAGGAGACCAGAGAGGUCACUCACACUGUUACUGUUUUAGAUACACAACAAUUAUACACAACUAUACAAACUAUGAUUUAAACACAAUUAUAUAUACACACUAUGAUUUAUACACAACUAUAUAUACAAACUAUGAUUUAUACACAACUAUAUAUACAAACUGUUUUAUACACAAACUUUGGAAACUAUAAAGUUCAGUUACACCUGAACAAACUUUGACAUAUGAAAACAACAUUAAACACAAAAACAAAGUUGUAUAUAAAUAUUGAUAAACAAACACAAACACUGAUAUAAACGAAUUGAUUGGUUAGUAUAUGAAGAUCAGCUGAAGGUCACAUGGUCUCAGAUCAGCUGAUCUGUCUCACCUUCUCUCUGUCUUUCUGUCUUCAGGUGUGAAGAAGCUGCAGAGAAACUCAGAGGAGGUGAGUCCGACCAAUCAGAACCACAGACCGGGUCAGGGUUAUGGGGACAGAGCCCCCUGCUGGCCUGCUGUGGAGUUAGAACUCUGACACACAGAGGGACGUCCUUCAGCUCACAGACGUCCUCCUCCUUGUCUCAGUCUGAUGAUCAGUGUCCUCAGUCUAAGACAGCGGCGUCUCUCAGGACCUCAGAGGACACCCUCAGAUCUUGUAUAAAAUCAUGAUUGUCUCUGGACUCAAACUGUCUUCUGUCUCGUUAAAGGAGGACGUGUUGGACAGUCCUGCUGAAGGAGACGUCUCCUCUCUGAUGUUUAACGGUUCCAGACCUCCUGAUCUCGGACUCUUCCAGGACAGUACUCUGGUGCCUCCUGUUGGAUCUGAGAAGGUCCUUGAGCAGCAGAGGACGACACAGAGGUUACGGCGCCGCCUGCUGGCGGACAUCUGCUCCAAGUACUGGCCGGGCGCCUGGGAUCAGCUGGUCUCCAAGAGUCACAUGGUCAUGGUGUGGGCAGAAGACCGGUCCAGGCUCCUGUACUGCGAGGUUCCCAAAGCCGGCUGCUCCAACUGGAAGCGGGUCCUGAUGGUUCUGGCGGGCUACGCGGACUCUGCCCUGGACAUCCCUCACGACAUCGCUCACAUCCACAACCGCCUGCCGCACCUGGUGAACUUUGACCUGGACAGCAUCAUGGAGCGGGUCAACACCUACACCAAGGUCCUGUUCGUCAGGGACCCCUUCGAGCGGCUGGUGUCGGCGUUUCGUGACAAGUUUGAGAAUCCAAACGAUUAUUACCACCGUCUGUUCGGUCGGCACAUCAUCUCCAGGUACCGCGCCAACGCCUCGCAGAGCGCCCUCAACACCGGCGAUGGCGUCACCUUCAGGGAGUUUGUGCACUACCUGCUGGACCCGCGGCGUCCAGUGGGAAUGGACAGCCACUGGACGCCGGUGAGCACGCUGUGCCACCCUUGCCUGAUUCACUACGACUUCAUCGGAAAGUUCGAGAACAUGAACAGUGAAGCUAACUUCCUGCUUAGGAGCAUCGGAGCGCCGCCGCACGUCACCUUCCCCGACUACAAGGACAGGAACCCGCAGGACGAGAGGACGUCCUCCUCCAUCAUGAGGAGAUAUUUCUCUCUGCUGAACGCCACAGAGCGACAGAGGGUCUACGACUUCUACCGCAUGGACUACCUGAUGUUCAGCUACUCCAAACCCCUCCCACACCUGCACUGA